AUAUAUUGGAAGAUCUGGCUGAAAAUAAAGGAGGUAUUCUAUGUUCUAAGGUAUCUGGUAUUGUUAUUCUCUGUGGUUCAUUCAUUGUUUGUAUUGUUGAAAUCCAAAUAAUGCCAGACUUAAAAUCUAAACCUAGCUGGGAACAGGAAACCCAUCUUAUCCAGACUAGAAUAAUUUCUGUAGAACAUAGAAUAUCAGAAUUAUGUUCAGCCUUCGCACAAUAUUCCAAAAAAUUAGCGAAAAUACGAGAUGGGGGUGAUGAAUUGUCCACUACCCUAACGAAAUACACUGAAUCUGAAGAGAUAAGCAAGUCUCAGUGUUUGGAAUUGCAAAAUUUUUCUGAAGCAAUGCAAGUUUUAAGCGACUAUGGAGAAAAUAGAGUGACUGCUAUAGAUCAUAAAGUUGUUGGCGAGUUUUCCAAAUACGGUUAUAUUUGCAAGCAAUUGAAGGAGGAAAUCAAACAAAUUUACAACGCUAAAGAUCGAGAGACGUCUAAGAAAAGGCAGCUAGAUCGUAUACGAGAAAGGAAUCCGAAGAAUAGACAACAAAUUGUACAGGCUGAAACUGAACUCAUCAGAGCCACUGCAGAUCUAACUAAAACUGUUCAUCUUCUUGAAGAAAAGGUCAUACAAUUUGAGAAGCAGAAACUCCAUGAUAUCAAGGAAAUCUUCCUGGAUUUCAUCGUUACUGAAAUAGGAUAUCAUUCUAAAGCAUUACAAAUUUUAUCGAAAACAUACGAAGGCGUCUCAAACAUAGAUGAAGGAUCCGAUCUUCAGAGUUUCAAGGAUUACCUACUCCAACCUGACCCUGCAUCUGGCAGAGGUGAUCAGAAAAGUGCGUUGCUACGGGUGCCUUCUUUAAGUUCUUUGGGUACCAUAUUUUCGGUAGGUCAUCGUCGAAAUACUCCAGGUAUUCCCGGAGCAAGGAAACUUUCGAGAAGUGAAGAUAAUCUGGAUUCAAUGAAAGCAGAUCUUUCGGAUACAGAAGACACACAUUCUGAUUUCAAUAAGAGUGAAAGUUUAAGUGAGUUUGUUGUUAAGUCUACCGAUGACAGAAUAAAGAGACCUCAUUGAA